AUGAUGACCAGUACCAAUACUACUACUACUACUCCUCCUCAUGCUCAUUCUCCUCACAAUAACAAUAAUAAUAACAACACGAACAACACGAACAACACGAACAAUAACAACAUUGAAGAAACUCCACCCCAAUUUUUACACUCUCAAAACUCUUCAACCUAUCUUGGACAUGAUCUCACAACCAAUCAUAAUAAUAAUAAUAAUAACAAUACUAAUGGACCACAUUUAAUUCAUAGAAUUGAAAAGACAAAGAAAUGGCUCUAUCGAUCCAUGAUUGUGUGUAUUCUAGUCUAUUUAUUACAAUCUACUUCACAAUUAAUAUUUACAGAGAUAUUUAUUGCAUGUCAUUCCAAUGAUCAAACGUAUGGUUCUGGUGUUCUCAUUCUCUACAAUUCAUAUAUCAUUGUCAUUGGAUUUAUUAAUUCACUUUCAGAUUUUACACCAUUUCUCAUGUGUUAUAUUUUCCACAAAUCAAAUGAAAUUGUAAAAGAUAUUGUUAAGGAUCAUUAUAUGAGUGGAGGUGCUGGUGCAGGUUUUGGUCAUUAUGAUUUUACAACCAUGACAGAAUCAUCCUAUAAUGUACUAACAGGAGAUGUUUUAAAUUCACAACAAAUAUUAACGGAUGAUGCAACCUCAUUGAGAAAUGGAGAAGAAACUGAAGAUGAUGAAUUACCAAUCCAUCAUCCAUUCAUGCAACAACAACAACAACAACAUUCCAUGGUGGUACAUGCACUACCACAUGGAACAACCAUGUUGUAUGGCAGUAAUGAUCAUCAUCAUGCAGUGAGUACCACCAAUCAUCAUCAAUUCCUUUAUUAUUUUCAAGACCAGAAUUAUUUUCUCAACAACAACAACCACAACACGACCUUAUAG